AUGGGCAGUCAAAAGAAAAUGUCCAUCACACCUUUGUCCCUUUUACGGGUUACAAAGCAUCAGAUUCCAGCCUUCAAAGGCAUUCCCAACACUUCGAUUCAAGGCAAACCCUUGAUAAUAUACCAUGGCGCCUUUGCUAGUGCAAGCGCUUCCCAGAUCGAGGCGCACCUCAACUCCAUCGCCCAAGUCACUCCACAGUGGAGGUAUACAAUGUAUAGCGAUACCCACUUUCAUUCAACUACGCAUGAAGUGCUCGUGAUUUCUUCAGGUUCCGCCAAAUGCUGCUUUGGUCAUGAGGACAACCCGCAUCGCGUUGAGCCUGUCCUUGACAAAGGUGACGUGGUGGUCAUCCCAGCUGGCGUAGGACAUCGGUUGAUCCAGGAUUACGGCGGCUUUCAGAUGGUGGGCAGCUAUCCCUCAUCUUCCACCCGCUGGGACAUGUGCUAUGGUCGCGUCGGAGAGGAGGAUAAAGUGAAGGCCAUCAGCGACCUAACGUGGUUUGGCCGGGAUCCUGUAUAUGGUGACGAUGGCCCCAGCUUGCAUGUCUAACCGGCAGGCGUGUGCUCAAUUGCUGUUGAUUCUCUCGACCAAUCUGUGAUAUGUCAGCAAUAUUCACCAGCGACAGAUCGAUAGCAGCGACUUACCUCAAGACACUAAUCGAGAAAGUUAUCAGCCAGGCUGUCAAAGAGACCAGCAAGACGGCACUCAGCGCCUGAGCUCGACGACAUACGUUAUCGAACCUGCUCGACGUCCUCGGGUCAUCGCCAACCUGACAUGCACCU